UUGCCUAUGCGGUGAAGCUAUGGCGGCCUCUGUGAGUGUUGGAGGACGUGUUACAGGCUUGGGUUCGGUGGAGAGCAAAAAUACAGGGGAAGAAUAGUUCCUAUUUUGUCCCGCACCAGUAACGGCUGCAGGUGCUGAGCGAGCCUGUCUGUUUCAGCAUCAGUUGUAUCUCAAAGACGUGUUUCUCCUUCUGCUGUGGAUCGGUUUGGCUCCUGCUCUCAGAUCGAAAGGAUUUGUUUUGAUUUCGGGUCAUAAGUUCACGACUUUGGACUCGGCGAUCAGGAUUCAGUCAGGCCUGAGGCCUAGCUGUUGGCUGUGCUUCUCGCUCUGACAGGAGGAGCUUUCGAGAAGAUAAAGUGCUGCUUCCAUUUCUUUUUUUCCGCAGUAACCGUCGAGGGCCGCCCCCCCGUUGCCCACUGGAGGACUUAUAGUGUGUGACUUACUCUUGUAAAGCCAGCUUUUAAAACGUGUCCGAGGGAGAGUGACUCAAAUUCGGUGAUAACCUUGUCCCGCUAACAGGAGCAUAAAAGCACGAAUACAUCGACCGUUUUAUCUGCAGUCUGCUGCGCUUGUCGUUGUGUCUUAGGCUAAUAAGUUUUUAACCUAAUUUUUGCCGUUGUUAAAGCUAGAUGACGGUAAAUAAACACCGACCUAAUGGACUAAUCUCAACCCACAGAUCUGCAAGCAAGGACAGGAGAUGCGUCGAAUAGUUUCUGAUGUAUUGAGAUGGGUGUGUUAACGGAUGAAAGAUGAAUAUCUCAUUUUGUACAGAAAUCUGUUGUGCAUAUUGUGUGUAAAUAUUCUCAUUUAUAUAUAAAGCCGGGUUGUUUUCCAUUUCUAAUAUAUUCUGAAACAACAUUGUCGCUCUGGAUCAGGAAGUGGCUCAAGGCGAGUUUCCUCUCUUCACUUUGACUGAGGCUCGUCACCAGUCCCAUAUGCCUUCAGCACUAGCCAUCUUCACCUGUCGGCCAAACUCGCACCCUUUUCAGGAGCGCCAUGUCUACCUGGACGAACCUGUCAAAAUUGGUCGAUCCGUGGCACGCUGCAGACCGGCCCAGAAUAACGCCACCUUCGACUGCAAAGUGCUUUCCAGAAACCAUGCUCUCAUCUGGUUCGACCACAAAACAGGCAAGUUCUAUCUGCAGGACACUAAGAGUAGUAAUGGUACGUUUAUUAACAGUCAACGUUUAAGUCGAGGAUCAGAGGAAAGCCCGCCAUGUGAGCUCCUGUCGGGCGAUAUCAUUCAGUUUGGUGUUGAUGUGACCGAGAACACCAGGAAAGGUAAGGUUACUCAUGGGUGCAUAGUUUCUACAGUCAAGCUCUUUAUGCCAGAUGGUAUGGAAGGCCGUCGAAGAUCUGAUGUCAUCCAGGCUCCUCUACCACUUCCGGUUGAAAAGGUAGCUGCUAAUUCUCCCAGUAUGUACUCUCAGGAACUAUUCCAGCUCUCACAGUAUUUACAGGAGGCCUUACAUCGAGAACAGAUGCUGGAACAAAAAUUGGCCACCCUUCAGCGGUUACUAGCCAACACUCAAGAGGCAUCAGACAGCAGCUGGCAGGCUUUAAUAGAUGAAGAUAGGUUGCUAUCAAGGCUAGAAGUAAUGGGAAACCAGUUGCAAGCUUAUUCAAAGAACCAAAAUGAAGAUGGCAUAAGGAAAGAAUUGGUGGCAUUACAAGAAGACAAACACAGCUAUGAGACAACAGCCAAAGAGUCCUUGAGGCGGGUCCUUCAGGAGAAAAUAGAAGUAGUCCGGAAGCUCUCGGAGGUGGAGCGAAGUCUGAGUAACACAGAGGAUGAAUGCACCCAUUUAAAGGAAAUGAAUGAUAGAACACAGGAAGAACUGAGAGAACUGGCCAAUAAGUACAAUGGAGCUGUGAAUGAAAUAAAAGAAUUCACUGAUAAAUUAAAGCAGGCAGAAGGGAAACAGGAAGAGAUUCAUCAGAAAGCCCUAUCUGAGAAGAAGGAGUUACAGCACAGAAUAGAUGAAAUGGAAGAGAAGGAACAGUUACUUCAGGCUAGGAUUGAAGCCUUACAGGCUGACAAUGAUUUCACCAAUGAACGGCUAACUGCUUUACAAGUACGGUUAGAACAACUUCAGGAGAAAAAUAUCAAGGAUCACAACAGUAUAGGAAUCCAAGUUGAUGACUUGUUACCUAAAAUUAAUGGAAGCACAGAUAAAGAGCACUUUCUAUUAAAGAGUGGAGGGGACUGCUCUGAACUAUUCCAACAGUUCAUUGAGUGCAAGAACAAGUUUAAAGCCCCAUUGGACUCAACUCAGAACAGUAGGAUUUCAAAUGUGGAAGAUAUGUUUGAAUCUCAUCUAGAAAAUAAUCAAACUAUUGAAGAGGACUUAAAGAACGAUUCAGAAAGAUUUAAAGCCACUCUUAUAGCAGAAGACCAUCAUACCAAAGUCACAGAAGACACAAAGCUAUUGAAAGAAAAUCAACUGGAAGCAAAGGAAUCUGAUAUGUCUGAUACACUCAGCCCAAGUAAGGACCGGAGCAGCGAAGACACUACAGAUUACCAAAUGGAUGAACAGGAACUGAAUGAAUCUUUAACUAAAGUUUCAUUACUAAAAGACCUCUUGGCAGAGGCAAGGGCCUCCAGCAGAAAACAUGAAAGUGAGCUGGAUCACCUCAAGUAUGAGCUGCGACGUGCCCAUGCACAAACUGGAGAUUCAGAGCGUGAGAUACAGCAACUACACCAGGAGCUGAAAGAAGCACAGGAAUUGGCUAUAUCCAGCAAACAAAAAUGUUUCGAAGUGCAAGGACUACUGGAAGAGGAAAGGAAGACAGCUAAACAACAGGUUGAAGAAUCAACCAGACAGAUCCAAUCAUUGCAAGCUCAGCUCUACAAAUUACAAAAGGACAUUGAGAUCCUUAGAGAGGAGAAAGAGAAUGAAAUUAUUGAGACCCGUGAUCAGUUAGCAAGUACCCAUAAAGAGAUUGUGGCUUUACGACAGACAGCAGUAGAGGCAGCAACAGGUCGUGAAAGUGAUAUUGCCGUUCUCCAAGGGGAGUUGCACAAGGUGCAGACUGAGCUUGAGCAAUGGCGGCAAACUGCCUCGGAGUACGAAUCAGAAGUUUUCAACCUUCAAACCAAGCUCCAGCUUCAGACCCAGCAGCAAAAGGAUAAACAGAAAGGGGAAGCAGUCCAGCUACAAGGUAAACUGGAUGAAUUGCAAAAGCAGAGCAAUGGACUAAAGAAUGAUUGUGAUUCUCUUCGACAAGAGAAAGUUAUUCUGACAGAAAAACUGCAGUGGUUUGAGGAAGAACUCCAAUGUGCUCAACAGCAGAGUAUUAAGCUGACCAAAGAUGUCAGUGGACUGGAAGUUUCUCGCAAAGAGCUGGAAGUUGAGGUUGGAAUGUUGAAGGAGCAACGUUUACAGGAGACAAAUGGACUAAGAGUACAACUUGCAUCUGCUGAGAAUGAGACUCAGAAAUUUCAGGAACAGUAUGAAGCAAAUCAAACCAUGUACCUGGAGUUGAAGGAAAAGCUUGACAAAACUCAGAAAGAGAAUGAGUCAAUCACAGAAGAACUCGAAAACUGUAAAGAAAAUCUGAAGCUGCUGCAACAGAAGGGAAACAAUCCUUCCACUAUAUUGCAACCCAUCCCUGCUCUAGGCGUCGCCCUAAUUCUGGCUUUCCUGUACUGGUGGUCCGAUCACCUAUGGUAGAUGAAGGGUGGAUUGUUCAAGUGGAUGCCAGUGAUGGCCGUGCUGGUUGCUGUGACGGUGGUAGUGUUAUACCCAGCAUUGAAUAGGGCCUCGCCAUGAAACUGCGUGAUGUCUGUCAAACUGCAGAAUGUCCUUCCCAUUGACAUUGGCUUUCUUUUACCACAGGGACAAGCAGAUCUGUUUCCUUCCUUUUUACCUCUAACAAAAACACAACUGUUUCAGAGUACGACAGUAGGAUCUUUGCCUGAACUGUAUAAAAUGUAAUUGUAUAUAGAGGGAAUAAAAAAUUGUGACUGGAUUCUACUCUA